AGAGUUGCACAAGCCUGGCUAUAUAAACUGAUGACUGAUUUCCAACUUACAGUUCUUUAUAUUCAGGAAGCCGUCCUGCAAUUGCUGUAGUGAAGCAAACGAUGCAGCAGAAAAUUGUUAUAAAGGUACAGCUGAAAUGCAAUAAAUGCAGAUCCAAGGCCAUGAGUAUUGCAGCCAUGGCAUCAGGGGUACUGUCGGUGCAAUUGGAAGGGGACAAGAGAGACCAAGUGGUGGUGAUUGGAGACGGGGUGGAUGCAGCCGGAAUGACCACCUUGCUCAGGAAGAAAGUUGGCCAUGCAAGCCUUGAAUUUGUGGAUGACCUGAAGGAUUAAAUGUGUAUUCAGAAUCUCAGAUGUAGUGACUUCUUGAUAUACAAGUUAGAAAUCAGG